AGUGCAUUGACACAGAUUAUGUUCAAGUAGAAAAAUAUCGUCGCUAUUGCGAGUAAAACAAAACAUCAUUUCUCACUCCUAAUUAAAAAAAAAUCCAUUAAACAAGCUGAAUAGAUAAUAACCACCUGAUGCUAUUUGUUGAGUCGAUGUUUCUCCCACGGUUGAAAAAUAUAUCGCGACACGUGCCUCAGCAACUCAAGCCACCGUUGCCAUGGCAUGGUCGGAGUUCGUUUACCCGGAACAAACACGUCCCCGAUUUGCAAUUGGAAAAUUUUCAUUUUAGUUCAUCGGUAGCUGUUACAGUUCUUACAUCGAGAGAGAAUAAAUCCAAGCAAAAUGUCCAACCGCACGUUCAACCGCCUGUGGACUAGCUCCCAAAAGGAUCUGGAGAAGCUAGCGGUCAACGAUUUCGAAUACCAGGCAAUCGAAGCGCAGCACGAUCGCACCGAAAUCCAGGGCCAGGUGUACGAGCUGUACCUGCGGUACAUUGUAAUUGCCAAUAAGCUGGAGGAGAUCUACGAUCAAAUCGUGCAACCGCAGAAGCGGAUUUUGAUCCGUCAACUGCUGGACAACUGUUUGGGACGAGUCCUCGAGUUGAAGCACGAUCUGGUGGUAAUCGAUAUGAUGGAGUUCAGCUACAACGACACCGUGGUGGAGAAACUUGGCCUGACUCCACUGAGCAUGGAGCUGCACGUGCCGAGGUACUUCCGUCGCGAUAAAGAGGACAUGCUGAACGAACGGCGAAAAUUCAUGGAUGAUAUUUUGAGAAGAAUCGGUGCAUUGGAUGAAGAGGUCGUGGAAGAAGAGCUAUCAGAACUGGAUGCCAUCAAGAUUAUUCAAACACACGAACGAGCCAGACAAGGACGCUUACGAGCUCAGUUCAUGAAAGAGUUGAAGCUACUCAAAGAAAAAGGUAAACCGGAAAGUCGAGACAAAUCGACAACGGGUCUGAACGCUGCGAUGAAGAUCCAAAAGGUCUGGAGAGGUUACGCUACAAGACGACAGACGAGACGUAGAAAGAUGGAAGAAAUGAUCCUGAUCGGAAUGAUACCGCCUCAGGUCACUACAGCGCGAACAGCGGUUGAUGAGUUGGAGGAAGCGAAAAUGGCACGCUACCAACAGCAGAAGGAGUUUCAAGAGGAUUACGAAAAAUCGCUAGUUCGCGUGAAAGAGGAAAUUUACUCCAAGCAAGGUGCUGCUAUGAAGGAGGACAUUGCCGAUGAAAUCCGCACCUGGUUCAAAGAGUAUCAGAAGCGAACUGGUCGUUUGCCGGAUUUUCCCUCGGAGGAGGCCGGUGGUUCCCGCCAUCUGUUGAGCCGCCAGGCUACAGAAAGUGAGAUGAGCCGGUCAUCCGUAAUGUCCUCUCGGGAGAGUAAAUUGAAGUCUUCCAAGGAUCCAAAGUUGCAACAAAAGCGACCUGGGGAGGUUUCGCUCGAGGAAGGAUUGGAUAAAGCAUUCAAACCGAUGCAAUCCUCGUUUCUUCCGGAGAUAAAGAAUGGCAUUGACGAGUACCUUGAGAUUUGGAAGGGCAAGGAUGAAUCGCAUAACCUUCGACAGACCUAUUACGAUGAUAUGAUCUAUGAGGAAAAGUAUGCCGACGUUGAGGCAGAACUAAGGCGAAUCGUAGAUGAUAUUAUGCGGCAGGAAUUGGACUUACUGCAGAUUGCGCUGGAUAGAGACCGAGCCCAGAAGGGAAAGAAAACCAAGAAGGGCAGUAAGAAGGCUCGUCGGAGUGGCAAGAAGGGCAAGAAGAAACGUGAGAAAGAUUUGACCCCUGAUCGCACCACGGAGUCUCUGUUUGAGGAGUUGCUAACGAAUGGUAUUAUCAAGAAGUUUCCUGAAACUCCAAUCGAUGCCUAUGUGGGGGAUUUGAGCUACGCUGCUCGCAGCGCUUUGAAUCCUUCACCGGGAGAUGUUCGUCAUCUCAUCAAACAGUACUGCAUCCUUCCACUGGGUUCUGAAACUAUCCGCAAUUUUGGACCAUGUAUCAAAUCUCUACUCAUAGCCGGUCCGAAGGGUUCUGGAAAAACAUCUCUAGUUCAUGCAAUCUGCACGGAAACAGGAUCGGUCCUGUUCGACAUAUCGCCGGCCAAUAUUGCUGGCAAGUAUCCGGGUAAAUCGGGUUUGAUCAUGUUGAUGCACUUGGUAUCGAAGGUUUCGCGAUUACUUCAACCAUCGGUAAUUUACUUCGGGGAUGCCGAGAAACCGUUCAUGAAGAAGGUCCCGAAAACUGACCGCACUGAUCCAAAACGUUUGAAGAAGGAUUUGCCCAAGCUGGUGAAGAACAUCCAGCCGGAAGACCGAAUCAUGCUGAUUGGCACUUCCAACUGUCCCUGGGAGGCGGACAUGAAGUUGAUGGUACAGACUUACCAACGGUUUGUGUACAUUCCUCGGCCAGAUUACGGUGCGCUAUCGUACGCCUGGAAGGAAAUGUUGAGCCACUAUAGCGGCGUUCCACGGCAGUUUGACACAGGCGCGAUGGCGAAAAUCUCCGACGGUUACACGAUCGGAUCGGUUGCUAAAUGCAUCCGAGAGGUGAUCACGUGUAAACGGAUGCUGCAGCUGAGGACGCAACCCUUGACGCACCUGGAGUUGAUCAACGCUUUAAGCGCAUUGGAACCCGUUUAUAAGGAGGAAGAGGAAGCAUUCAUGUACUGGUGGUGUAAAACACCACUCGGUCGUCGUCGAUCAAAGCAGAUGGAAAUGGAGCACGAAGCUAGAAUGGAGUUGGAGAACGUGAUGCUUCUGUCGCUGACCGCUGGCGGAGUUGGAUUGAAUCUUGUGGGCGCAAAUCAUCUGCUGUUGCUUGAUUUACAUUGGAAUCCUCAGCUCGAAGCUCAAGCGCAGGAUCGUGUCUAUCGCGUUGGGCAAAAGAAAACGGUCUACAUUUGGAAGUUCAUGUGCGUCGAAACGGUGGAGCAAGCAAUACGAGGGUUGCAGGAAAAGAAGCUAGGAAUCGCCAACGAAGUGUUAACCGGUACAAAGCAAAAGGGAAGCAAACUCAGCAUCGACGAUCUCAAGGCCCUGUUUGGCAUUUAGAGAUGCGGCGAGAAGUGUAGGAUCUGUGAUAUCGACAAUCAUAAUGUUCUGUAUUUGUGUUCGUACUUUUGCUGAUGUUGGUCGUAUUUUCUAGAAAGGUUUCGUUUAAUUAAUGAUGAAUGAAACGAUUAUAUGGUUGAUGCUCUUCUUAACUAAA